CUUGUAUACGAAGUCCUUCUGAGAGCAGUUGAAUCGUCUGACUUCCAACCGAAUAUUGCUAAGAGAUAUAUUGAUCAAAAGUUCAUUCUUCAGCUUCUUGAACUCUUUGACAGUGAGGAUCCUCGUGAACGAGACUUGGUCAAAACAGUUUUACACAGAAUCUACGGGAAAGUGUUGUCCCUAAGAGCUUAUAUUAGAAAGCAGUUUAACAACAUAUUCUAUAAAUUUAUCUACGAGACGGAGCAGCACAAUGGCAUUGCGGAACUUCUUGAAAUCCUUGGCAGGUGA